AUGAUUGAAUACAUACUGCGGCCGCAAGUCUCUGCCGCCCUUUUCGUUGUGGUGCUUGUUCUCCUGCUUUCAUACAAGCUACGCCAACCGAGACCAAGCCUACCCGACCUCCCUUGGCUUAAUACCAAGGAAGGUGAACUGUUCACGUCCUUGCGUGCCAGACUUCGCUCGACGAUCAACUACAGGGAGACCAUCCAUCAGGCUUAUGAGCAGUAUUCGAAGAACAACAAAUCAUGUAUACUUGCGAAAUUCGGCGGGGACGAGAUUCUGCUCCCAGUGUCGUCAAUAACCUGGCUCAUCAAUCAGCCAGAUGGCAUUUUGAAUGUCGACGAACCACACAAGGAUGUCCUACAGACAGAAUACACGUUUGUUCAUCCAGUCGUUGUUGAUCAGCCACUACAUCAUGAGACCAUCAGAAAUGAGCUCACUCGCCAGUUGGGAGCUCUCACGAUCGACAUUGUGGACGAAAUAGGUGCUGCAUUUGAUGAGAUCUGGGGGACGGAUACAACCGAGUGGAAGGAAGUCUGUCCUUUCGAAACCCUUAUGCUCAUUACUGCUCGAACUAGCAAUCGUGUCUUUGUCGGCUUGCCCUUGUGUAGGAACAAGGCACUCUUGGAGCAUGGGAUCGGUUUUGCCAAUGCCGUCCCAGUUGCAUCGACUCUCCUGAAACUAUUACCCGCAUUCCUACGGCCUCUUGCUGCUAUCCUGAUCGCACGACCUAACCGACGUCACACGAAAUCCUUCGCCCGCCUUGUUCGACCCGAGAUCGAGCGACGCCAGAGGCUUCUUGAGGGUCAGACCGGGGACAUAGAGAAGAAGCUUGGUGACCCCGAACCCAACGACUUUCUGCAGUGGUCGAUCCGUCGAGCUCGUGAGAGCCUACACCCUGGCGAACGCGACCCGGAUAUCAUUGCCGAAAGACUGCUGGCUGUCAACUUUGCGGCGAUCCACACAACAACGUUCAGCAUCACAAAUGCGGUCUUUGACCUCGUCGCCUCUGACCCAUCGAAGAGAUACUUGGAACACAUCCGCGAAGAAGCCAGCUCCAUCAUUGCCGCUGAUAACGGCCACUGGACUAAAGCCGGCAUCGCAAAAAUGUACAAAACAGACUCGGCCUUGCGGGAAUCAUCUCGCCUGGGCUCAUUCCUGGGAGCCGGCAUGAUGCGUCAGGUCGUAGUGCCAGGAGGGAUCACUGCACCCGACGGAACAUUUUGUCCCUAUGGCAGCCGUGUUGCUGUCCCAACCAAUGGCGUCCACAACGACUCAAAGCUUUACCCCGAUGCCGCGACGUAUAACCCCUUCCGCUUCUCUGUGGAGCGAGACCUAUCGAUUGCAGAACCAUCGGAAACCCCAAAGGACAAGAAUAAUCCCGCUACCACCACCACCGAAGAAUACAUUAGGAAAGCAAACUUGUCCUUUGUCAGCACUUCCCCGAUAUAUCAUCCCUUUGGACACGGAAGACAUGCCUGUCCAGGGAGGUUUCUGGCGGCGAAUGAGCUGAAGCUGCUGUUGGCGUACAUGGUGCAGAACUACGAGUUUGAGCCUUUGCCAGAGAGGCCGGCGAGCAAGUGGAUCGGGACGAGUCUAGUGCCGCCCAUGACCGCGACCAUCAAAGUGAGGCGGCGGAAGGUGAAUGGAUAUGACAGCGGCGAGAAAUAG